AUGCAAACAGAGAUACCAAUACUUUCGUUCAUUUCCGCGGCACUUGUUCUCUUUCCAUUGCCUUGGUAUUGUCGGGCUGGCAACAUUGCUGCAAUGUCUAUUGGAAUGUGGCUCUUUGUUGUAAACACGAUCAAUGCUAUAGAUGCCCUCCAGUGGACUGGGGCGUACCAAAUACCAUUUUUAUUCUGGUGUGACAUUACUUCAGCGCUGGUAACAGCUGUAAAUGUAGCGAUACCUGCGGCGUGCCUCUGCAUUUGUAUUCACCUGGAACGGAUGGCGUCUUUCUGUCAGACAUCCGCCUCUGUAACAAAGCGACGCCGUAUCUUACUUGAAUGUUUAAUGUGUUUCGGAGUUCCAUUAGUAUAUGCAGCAUUGCAUAUAAUUGUUCAACCUCGACGUUUUGAUGUGUAUGAAAAUUUUGGAUGUCGCUCGGCGAUAUAUCCCACUGUGGUGGCUUUGUUCGUGGUCUGGAUACCGCCGCUUGCACUUUCUUUUCUUACUAUAAUUUUUUCCUCUGCAGGCAUUACUUGGCGUCACUUUCUCCUUCAUGGCGUCCAAUUUUCGAGGACACGUCCAUCUUCCUCGCUUACUUCUGGAGCCUACAUUCGGCUCGUCAGUAUGGCCGUUUCAGAAGUCAUCUGCACCAUCGCCGCGACCGUAGUAGCCAUGUCAUUUAAUCUAAGCUCAGGGCUGGCUCCAUGGGCGGACUUCACCCGAGAUUUGACGGAGGUUUCGUCGUUCAGCUCCGCUGCGACACCUAAAUCAAUCACUGCGAUGCUCAUCACUGAAUGGGCGAUCAUGGUCGCGCAAUCGUUCUUCUUCAUCGGAUUGUUUGUGCUUGGAGGGGAGGGGCGCAGUCGAUUGCGUGAGGCUGUACAGGUGAUGCGCAAGGUUCUCAGCUUUUUUCAGAGACGAUCUACCUGUAUCGCUGAACUCAAAGGUACAUCUAUGGCAGAAGGGUACGUUCCUUUGUAA